CCUUUCAAACCUAUCUUUCUCUCUCUCUACCAAGUCCACAGAACACCUGCUCUUUCACCCGUAUAUUAUCCCUUGCCAUCUGUGUCUCUGAUGGCCCAGUUGGACCAUAAUUUAUGUUUGAGAAAAACAAAAAAUGAAAAAGAAAAAAGAAAGAAAUCGAAGGAGCCCCAAAAAAUCAGAGAAAAUGGGCACAAAGAAGGAUAGAGGUGCGGGAAUGAAAGAAAGGAAAGAAGAUGAAACAAAGAUGUCUUCUGAUGUCCUCCAACCACACCCACAUACAGACUACAACUUACAAGAACUUCCCACAAAUACCCUUUUCUUCCGUAGAUGGAAUUCCUUUCAUUAUUUUCCGUUUUCUCCCAUUCAAAGCUUCAACAAAGAGAGAGAUAGAGAUAGAGAGAGGGAGAGAGAGAGAAAAUCUCCAUACCCCAGUCCUUACCCUUUUCUUCUUUCUCUCUCUGCAUAAGAGUGAGUCUUCAUAAUACGCUCCUCCUCCCGUCCGCUUCUGAAUAUGAAUGCAUGUAUACAUUCAUGGAAGGGCUUAAAGAUUUGAUUUUUUGAUCUGAGUCAGUGGUUUCUCCGUUGUGUUUUUUGAAUUCUUGCGCCAAGGAGAUGAAAAAGGGGUUUGGCGGUUUCAAUAAAUCUCAGGCUGGUAGCGGAGAAACUAAAGCGGAUUUCAAACACCGGACACUUUUGGAUGAAUUCUUGGAACUGCAAAAGGAAUUUGUUGCAAAGAAGAGGAAGUUGAAAACUGCAAAGCAAAGGAGAGAUAUGCUUAUGGGUGAAAUUCUAUUUUUGAGGAGAAGACAUCGGUAUUUAUUGAAGUGCCAAUCUUGUGAUAUGGAAUUAGCAAAGGAUGAGGGCAAAGCGCUGGAGGGUGAGAGAUACAGUAGUCGCUAUGAGGCAAGGGAAGAAAUAAAUAAUCUAAAGUCUCGCUCUAAUUUGAAUUUGAGGUAUGAUGAAGUGCAAGGCAGCAAUGGAGAAUCAGCUACUAAGGGGAAAUUGAGAAUAGAGAAGACACCAAAUGAUUACUUGAUUGAUGACAAAAGAGUUGGCAAGAAGAAACUAUAUCGACAUGGUCGAGUGACUGUGAAGGUCUGAACAUAAAUAGAUUUUUUUAAAAUAGAGGAAUCGAGCUUUCAAUUACAGUGAAUUGAUCGUAUUGGUCAUUAUAUAGCGAUGGAUUUCAAUUUCCUUUGUUCAUUUUGGUCUCCUUUCUCCUGCUUCUCAAUGAAAUUCAAGAGGAAAAUACAAUUUUGUAUAUGUAAGCUUUAUUUAGUCUUUCAAUAUUGGUGAAUUUUGAUUAAUUAUGUGCAUGCAUUUAUGUUGAAUUUGUA